UUAUAAUUUUAUCUUGAUUUUAAUUCUUCAUUCAAUUUAGGGAAAGGGAUUUCCUGAUGUGAACACCAGAGAAAUGUUGCGCAAACUGUGGGAUGUAUUACAAAUUCCUAUUUUAGGUUUAGUAGAUGCAGACCCUUAUGGGAUUGAAAUUUUGUGCGUCUAUAAAUUUGGAUCAAUGGCAAUGUCAUUUGAUGUAGAAAAGUUAGCAGUACCGGAGAUUCGAUGGUUAGGGCUACUACAGACUGAUAUCCAAAGGUUAAAAUUUCCAACUGCAGCGGUAACACCAUUGACAGAAAAUGAUACGAAAAAAGCAAUGGCCUUACUGUCAAGACCCUAUAUACAAAACAACAUUCAAUGGCAGAAACAGAUUCAGAUGAUGUUGGAACAAUCAGUAAAGGCAGAAAUCGAAGGACUCAGUAAACUUGAUUCCCUUUUCCUCUCUUCAAUUUACUUACCAAAUAAAAUCAAAUAUGGAGGAUGGAUUUGACAAACAACUGAAAAAAUUCUAAGGAACUCUACGAACUCUUUGAACUCUACGGACUUAAUUUAUGAUUUAAAUAAAUAUCUUUUCAAUAAAGUUUAAGCAUAUUAUGUUAUAAAGAUAAUCAAUAUAGUUUUCUUUUGAAAGAAGAUUAAAUAAAAUAACUAUAUUCAA